AUAAUCAGUGAUUCUUUGGGGGGAUGCUGCUGGAAUGCUAUGCUACUCUGACCUAUGAUACUCUCAGGUUUGAGUAUGAAGACUUCCCUGAGACCAAAGAGCCUGUUUGGAUACUGGGGAGAACAUACAGUGUGUUCACAGAGAAAGAGGAGAUCCUGUUGGAUGUGACAUCUCGGCUUUGGUUCACAUACAGAAAGAACUUUCCUGCCAUUGGAGGAACAGGCCCCACGUCUGAUACCGGCUGGGGCUGCAUGUUGAGGUGUGGUCAGAUGAUCUUCGCUCAGGCAUUGGUCUGCCGGCACUUAGGCAGAGAUUGGAGGUGGGUGAAAGGGAAGAGGCAGACGGAUAAUUACUUCAACAUACUUAAUGCCUUCAUUGACAAAAAAGACAGCUACUACUCCAUCCACCAGAUAGCCCAGAUGGGAGUUGGAGAGGGCAAAUCGAUAGGCCAGUGGUACGGACCAAACACAGUUGCACAAGUGCUCAAAAAACUUGCCACUUUUGAUACAUGGAGCUCAUUGGCAGUGCACAUAGCCAUGGACAACACUGUAGUGAUGGAAGAAAUCAGACGGUUAUGCAAGUCCAAUUUCUUGUGUGCUGGGGCUGCAGCGUUUCCUGCUGCAGAGUCAGACCUGCUCUAUAAUGGGUUCCCGGAUGGAGCAGAGGUUACAGAUAGGUUGUCGCAAUGGAAACCAUUGGUACUCCUGAUACCUCUUCGCCUUGGGCUCACGGAUAUCAAUGAAGCUUAUAUUGAAACACUAAAGCACUGCUUCAUGAUGCCUCAGUCCCUGGGAGUGAUUGGAGGGAAACCCAACAGUGCUCAUUACUUCAUUGGCUAUGUAGGUGAGGAGCUAAUUUACUUGGACCCCCACACUACACAACCUGCAAUGGAACCCAGUGACAAUGGCUGUAUCCCUGAUGAGAGCUUCCACUGUCAGCACCCCCCCUGCCGAAUGAGCAUUGCUGAACUUGACCCAUCCAUCGCAGUGGGCUUUUUCUGCAACACAGAGGAAGACUUUAAUAACUGGUGCCAGCAAAUCAAAAAGCUGUCCCUGCUAAGAGGAGCUCUGCCAAUGUUUGAACUGGUAGAACAUCAGCCAUCACACUUUUCCUGCCCUGAUGUUCUGAAUCUCACACCAGACUCUUCUGAUGCAGACAAGUUGGAAAGAUUCUUUGAUUCGGAGGAUGAAGACUUUGAAAUCUUAUCUCUUUGAAAAUAGAUAGGAAACUGACUGCACGUCUAUGUUGUGUGUGGGGCGUGGCGGGGGGGAAGAAGUUCCUUCGAGCACCUGGGCCCGUACUGGUUUUCAUAGGUGCUUGGUGACCUCCCUGCCUCCCAUCCAUCCCAGCAUUCUGUGCAGUCUCAAGCACAGUGUGCACUGUCUGCAUUGGGAUCAAGAAACAAGUCAUCAUUAAGGCUUCAGUGGCCAGAGUCAGGAUUUCUCAGUGCAAAACAUAUGCAAGAAGUGGAUGCAGUGGUGCCUAGGAGUUCAAAGUUUUGUUUGUUGCAGCAGCAGCUCAGCUGCCCCUACAAGAGUAACAGCAGAAAUCCCCCAUGGAGCUAAACCCUUAUGAGUAUUUCCCAGUGAUAUUUAAUCAGAGCUAUUCCUCUUUUGGGGGGUCAAAACCUAUACUGUUGCUAGUUCCUUCCACAGCUUUCCUGCUUAUGGCUGACUUGGGCUAAACUUAGAUUUAUGGAAAGCAAUGUAAAUUAAUACCAGGCAUGUCCCAUAUGGAGUCUCCAGCCCAGUAGUAUGUGAGCUAGUCACUUGGAUGGUCACGUUUUCCAUAGUAAUAGGCCACGCGCUGCUGCUCAUGCUUAAUAAUAGUUGCAGUGCUUUCUCACAAACACAGUGCUAUCUGUCUUCACCAUAGCUGGAAGCUGCCUGCUCUUAUAAAGGGCAACCUUCUCUCAGAGGUGAAGCACUUCCUCUCUGGACAUUACCCUGAGGUUUUCCACAAGGUCUGAAGAUGACAACCAAAAGGGGAGGAGAAUGCCAGUUUAAAUAAAAGGAGGAAGGAAGAAAAUAUGUAUGUGAGGGCCAUAGUCUCGCUGGCUGAGUCAUCGAAACACCAAGGCUCUGAAAAAGAUGGAUUGACAAAUACAGCAGUGAGGUGUCUUCAUUAAAGUGUCUGUUAAGAGAGCUAGACAGAGUCCUGUGAGAGGUUGAGAUGUUUAUAAAUCUUAAGAGCCUGAUAUUGCUUUUAGUUAAAAAUGGUUGAGGGGGGCCUGAGGCAGAACAGGAAGACAGGACAUAGUAGAUUCUCAUUCUCAUACCUAAACCCUUUCCUGACUCCAUAGGCUGCCUGGUGUUGGUAUGUAAGGUUUCACCUUUGUGAAUUAAUCCUUAACCCAACAGUUUUUGGUGCCACAAAGCAUCCUGUGUAGCACCACUCCUCCUGGGUUGAUUGAAUAGUUCCAGCUACUGCUCCCAUUGGACUCUGUGCUUUCAAAAUGAUGUACAAGGGGGCUUGAAAUUUAAUUGGACAUAGAAUAUAUAUUUGUUUGGUACCAUUUCAGAUGCUAUUCUGCAGCUUCCCUCUAUAUGAUCCUUCUAGCACAGUGUGGCAAACGCAUACUGUAGAAGCUAGGCCAAAGAAACCUAUUUUAAGUGAUCAUCUGAAGAGGUCAGGGAAAAAAAUGGUUGCCUAGAAAAGUUGAUAGUUAAACAUCAAACACAAUUGUACUGGAAACCUUGGAGUUACUUUAAUAACUUUACAUGAUCUUGCCUGUGGCCCAUAAUAUCUAUUUAGUAAAAAUGAGCUGGAUCAAAAACAGAUGCAUAGGAGAACUGUGUCCUGGUGUGAGCCACCAUCGAAGUGAAGUCUUCUCCUUUCUCCAGGACUUCUACAGAUGGCAAAUCCAUGUUUGCAAUGCAUUUUCCUGCAUUUGGGAACAGCACUUGUCAGUUGAUGCUUUUGUGCCCAGAAGGUACAUAAACUGGCCAUAAAUGCUCUCCUCCAUGACAAGGCUGACUGACAUAUUGAUGCUAAUCUCAUUAUCUACCCUUAAUCUCCCAGAGAUUUUAACUCUUGAGCCAUGAUGCUUCUGUCACUAAAUUACUUGCUGCUUUCUCUCUGCUGCUGUUCCUCCUCAUCUCUUGCAUUAAUUUUAAGGGGGGAUGGGGAGAUAGUGAUGAAUGGAGCACAGCCCCACUUCCUCCAACUGCUUUCAAUUUGUAUCUGAAUAAACAAACUUCAAAUCUUUGGGGUUUUUUAGUACUUAUUUCUGAGGAACAGCCCAUGUUCUUAGGGAUGGGGGGAGGUGUAUUUUACCCUUUACUCCUUGUCCAGAGAUGCUUAUGCCAUAGUAUGGAAAACCAUCUUGAAGCAGUUCUAGGGCAUCUAGUUUUAACCAGGCUUUGGGUGGCAAAGGUGGAUGUGGCUAACCUGUUAAGAGAAUUCAGGUGGUGCAAAGGGUGUCUGAUAGUCCACAGUGGAUGCUUGGAACUGGAGCUAGGCCUAACUAAGCUAAGCUGCCAUGCCUCAAUGUAGUUGAGAGUCCUGGACCAGUUGGCUUGAAUCCUUCUGUCAGGCUCAAGAUAACUGAGCAAUUUCCUGUAUGCUUGCUUGGAAAGGUUAUUUUUGUUUGUUUUUUAAAAGGGAUGGGGUGAAAGAGACAGAACACUAGUGCGCUCUUCUCAACCUCAGGAGUCCCCUUCCCUUAUUGCAGUGCUAAUGCCAGUCUCUUUCCCUCCCAAAGUUAUUGCAAGCUCCUGUAGGAAUAUAGGGCUUAGUCCUGGACUGCUAGAGCUUCUUAAAGAGAAACAAGUUGGUGAAAAAUUCACCAUCCUCCAGUAAAUGUUAAAGGCAGAUAAUUAACAUGGGAAAGAUGAAAGCAUCCAGUGUAAGGACAAAAUAAUGACCAGUUUGUGCUUUUAAACUGCUCCAACACAUGCAUUGCUUUCCUAAACACCUGCCACUAUGCUUAUUUGCAAUACCAACAGCAAAGCUAGACUAUCAGCUACAGUCAGGAUCCCAUGUGUGCUAGCUAUAGAACUGUUCUAGAAUAUGUUUUCAUUUAUAAAAAUUAGGUUGCUAACCCUCAUGCCUACAAAGAUAACUUUAAAAAUAUGAAGUGUCAAAACUAGUCAGAUGUGAAGUGUCCCAUUUAUCUCUCUAGGUAUUUAACUUUGAAGCCUAAAGAUGACAAUAUCAGCACUUGCCUAUUUUACUGCUAAUGAUGACAGAGCUGCUCUUCCCUUUAAAAGGGAUCCCUGUCAGCAUCUGAAUCCAGCUAUGAGAGUGAGGGAUAUGAAAUCAUUUUUUUCAGCUAGGUUUGUGUAGAGUCAGGCUGAGGAAGUACUGCUCCUAUUUUGCAUAAAGGAAACUAAGGCAGAGAACAAUAAAGUAACAUGCCUGAGGUCACACUAAGUUUGCAGAAGGGCUGGGACCCUAGGUCUCUGCUUCCCAGUCCUGUACCUCAGCCACAUAGGCCCUCCUUUCUCAACAAACUUUAUGGUAAAAAUAAGUCUACUGCAGCAGUUACGCUCAAUGACGCAUAGCUAAAUUAAAGUCUGUUUAUAACAGUUAUCAAAAAGAGAAGUCUGCAAUAGCCUCAUACUUAAAGAAACAGUUCCAGUAAAACAAGAGUUUACCCAAUUUCUUUCCAUCAUAUUGGAUCUUGUUAGCAUAGCCUCAUCUAAACUUUAGAACUCCAUAGCUGAAUUUCUGUCUGCGCUGGGCCAAGGAGUUCAACCCUAUUUUCCAGCUAGCAGAAGGGAAAUCUUUAGUGCCGGACAUAACUAAGAGCUGCAGUGUUGACCUCUCAUCAAAUGAGGUGAGCUGUUUCCAAGGUAUGUUAUACUAGUGUUCAACCUAUCAAAAAGCCAACAGUUGUCUAAUAGAAAUGCAACAUAAGAUAUAAACUGCUGACUUUGACAGAUUUUUUUUAAAGUGACCCCAUAGCUACAGAAAUUAAAACCCUGCCAACAUUUUAAUUUUACAUCCAAUCAAGCCUCCUGCUUGAUGUAAGAACACAGACAACGCUAUUCUAGAAAUAUCACCAUGGAAUCUGGUUUCAGCCAGGAAGGAGCUGAGAGAGUCAGGUAAGACCACAGUCCCUAGCAGGUGUGACAUGGUGGGGUAUGCUGGGACAUUACCACAAAAUAAGGUCCAGCAACUGGACAUCAGGAUCCAUAAAACAAGAAAGCUUAACUUUAAGCUGCUGACACAUUAUCCUGGCUAUGUGAGGAACUCAACUCAGUUUAAAGAUAAUUAUAGUUUCAGUGUGCAGAUCACCUUUCAAACCAGUCCCAUGUUAUAGCAACCUAUCGAGCCAAGGUUCUUACUGGCAAGCUCAUCUGAGCACCUCACAAUCUCUAAUGUAUUUAUCCUCACCACAACCCUAUGCAAUAGGAGUGAUAGGGAGGUACUAUUUUAUAGCUGGGGAACUGAGGCCUAGAGACACUAAUUGACUUGGUCCCAAUGAAAGUCUAUAGCAGAGCAGGAAAUUGAACCUAGGUGUCCCACAUCCCAGGCUGGUGUUUGAAACACUGGAUCACCUUUCAUCUAAGGAAGUGUACAGGCUUGGGU